AUGGCUAAGAUAAAUAAUUACACCUGUGCUGUGGCGAGCUGGCUUGUUUUUGUUUUUGUUAUAAACUCUAAAGCAUACGCUGAUUUGUCAUCGUCAUUGAUACCUCUGGUACCAGUAGUAGAUCCUACAAGCAACACAACUGCAUCCAGUCCUUUGGUUGCUAGUCUUCUACCAGUAGCCGUCGAAUCAGUUCCUCCUACAUCAACACCAGCAGACUCCGAUGAAUCCAAUGAAUUCGAUGAAUCCAACUCCAGCUCCGCUGAGAUAAAAGAUGACAUGGAUGUUGCUGAAGACAUUAUCUUUAGACCACUAUUUAGGUAUCGUCAAGAAGUUGCUGAUCGUCAACAAAGUAGAAAAUAUUAUCAGCCCUAUUUAUUGAUCAUUAAAAUAAAACUUGAGAAGAUAAUAUGA